AUAAUCCCCAUCGUGGGUAUGAGCCAUGUUUCGAGGCAACAACCACAGCAACUGUGUCUGGUCGCACAGCACCGGGCUGAGUCCCGUCCCCCAACGGCAGCUGAGGUUGUCUUUAACUGAUCGUGGUCGCUGCAGCUUCCGAUGGCGAAGAGGAAGAAUGCCCAAGAGUAACGUCCGCACUUGUCAGACCUUGAGAGAGAGAUGAGCUUCUUGAUUGCGCCAAGUGUCGCCACACUACAAACCUACAGAACUGCGCUAUUAUGGCGAAGCUCGGCCUGAAGCCAACGGUGCCGGAGGUCUUGGGCAUAGGGUCUGCGGUUCCGGAACGCGAACGAGAGAUCAGCUCAGGAGCAGAUGAACCCGCACUUCUAUCGUCUGAGAGCUGCGAGCCUAGCGGGAGCCACGUCUUCUCGGAGGCAAAACGGAAAGUCCACCACCCCCACAAGCGCCUGGAAAUGCCGAGGGAGACAAAGAGACAUCAGUGCUCAUACUGCCCGUACUCCAGCAAGGAGAGGUCGACGGUGACCAGGCACGAGAGGUCCCACACCGGCGACAGGCCCUACGUGUGCCAGGUCUGCCACAAGGGCUUCGCCCGUUCAGACCAGCUGAACGCGCACCUGAACACGCAUACGUCGGAGAGACCGUAUAAGUGCGCCGUCUGCUGCCAAGGCUUCGCGAGCACGUCCGGACUGUCGCACCACAGGUUCAAGCACCUGGACGCCACCACGCAUGCGCACCGGUGCCCCGAAUGCGGCAAGGUCUUCGCGCGCAAGUACGGCCUGACGACGCACCUGGGGACACAUACGGGCGAAAAGCGCCACGCGUGCGCUGUGUGCAGUCGCAAGUUCACGCAGAGAAGCGGCGCCAGAAAGCACGAAAGAGUGGCGCACGGAGCUGCGUCGGGACCCCAGUUGUUAAAGGCGACCGACGUACCGGGAGAGCAAGGCGGACCUCUCUCCAGCCCGCGUGAGCUGUGAGCCCCGCCAAGAGCACUGUUGUAGCAGUAAGGUCACCAGGCAGUGAUUUGUAAUGGUCUAUAGCAUACGAAAUUGAAAGCACGCUCUCGGCGUAGUAGUGGAAGCCGGUACGUCGCAAACGAUGUGAUGCUCAAAUCAUAAUGUUGAGCGAACGAACGUAGUACAAAAGUUUUCACCAUAAUUAAUCGUUUAGAAUACCAUGGUAGUAGA